AUGGAAGCCAUUAAGACGUUAUUCAACAAACUACAAGAUACUGUGACGCCACAUUCCGGUGCCAUAAAACUCCCCGACCACGAUCGCAUCAGUCUCUUGACCGUGAACGAUGAGCCGUACCACGACGACGAGAAUGACUCCAACGAUAGCCAAAAUGAUACUCCUCGCAUCCAAUUCUCCCCUCAACAACUUUACUCCCACCUCCGCCUAGACCCCUCCAUCAAAUCCAUCCGCGUCCUAGACAUCGAUCCAUCACCCUUAAGAGACCCGAAUGGUCCUCUCCAAGGUACCCUACGCGUAGUCCACCUCUCCGACUUCCCCGCCUUUACCGCCCUCUCAUACACCUGGGGUCCAUACUCUUCUCCAUCUGUGGACACCAUCCGCUGCAAUAACUCUUGCGAUAUCCCCAUUACCAGAAACGGCCGCGACGCGCUUCUCGCCCUUCGAAAACGGCAUUAUUCAGCAGGGACGAUACGAUGGAAACAACCCCUCCCGCUCACCAUCUGGGUCGACGCCGUCUGCAUCAACCAAGCUGACGACACGGAGAAGGCGGGCCAAAUCGCGCUGAUGGCCGAGGUGUACACCUGGGCAAGAACGGUGUGGGUGUGGCUAGGAGCUGGGGACGAGAAGACCGCGAGGGCGAUCAAGGCGUUGAAGAGAGCGGCAAAUUUCAGGAUUGAGCCUGUUGUUGUGCCCUGGAUUGAAGAGGACAUAUACGCGUACGCGGUGGCGGGCCCGAGGUCGGUAGCGUACUACAAGGUUCAACUGGCCAAGAGCAUGAUCUUGGUCUUUCUGCGGACGUUCUGGAGUUACCUGAUGGGCAUACCACAGCAAUCUCUCAGCAUCGUACGUGAUGUCUUCGGCGGUCGGACUCGGGGCACUGGGUCUGAUGGCGGCGAUAUCGAGUGCUUGCUAGACAGAGAGUGGAUGGAGCGGGCGUGGACGUUCCAGGAGAUUGUGCUGGCCAGUAAUCCUGUCAUUGUCUGUGGAGAGGAGGCCAUCGGCUGGGCGCAGCUUCAAGAGGGACUUGACUGCCUCGACCAGAUGCAACCAUCUUUUGCAGGUAUCAACGGCAUCAGCAGCUUCAUCAUCAGCAGCAGCAUCGGUGGCGGCGGCGGCGGCUGGCCAACUGGAUUGAGUGCGGUGCGGUACUACCUUUUCAAGGGCUGGGCCAUGUUGAAGGGCACCAGGACUUUGAGCGAUUGGGAAAAUUACGUUAACGAGUCUGUGGGAAAAUCAGAGGUUUCACGACGGUGGUUGAACCUUUUCCAUGUCUGGAGAACGGUCUGUCGUCCCACGGGCUGGAAUGGCCGAAUUUUUCGCAGUGUGCACAAACUGUAUGGCGCAGCGCAGAGCGAUGACGACUACAACUCAUCACGGACUGGUGCCUCGGCAUCGGCAGGUUACUCCUCCGUCAAGGAAUACGAAGGCCAAUUCAGCACCCGAAAGAUAUGGAAUCAAGCUCGACUCGUUAUUCUACUACCGUAUCCCACCAUAGGGACGCAUGCUCAAUCCAACGACAUCCAUGCUGCCAGCGGUCUGAUUGCAAUCAUUCGUGUCCUUAGGGACCGCAAAGCCCAUGAAGCUCAUGACAAAUCUUUCGCCACGCAUGGUGUUCUCCAGCGACUAGGCAUCUCGGUUCCCCCGCCUGAUUACAGGAAACCGCUUGGAAAGGUGUACCAUGAGCUCUACGCCGCGUUGGUAAAGCGGGAACCAUCAUAUAUCGCGCUUCUAUCCGACGUAAAAGGGACAGUAUUGCCGGGAGCACCAAGCUGGGUGCCGGACUGGGGAUCAAAAAAGCUGCAUUGGACAAGAGAUGAUUCCAUCUAUAGUCGUAUCGAAGAUCCCUCAAGGCCAAACUCCUCUGACUUGGUCAAGUGGAAUUCGGAGGAAACAGAGAUAGUCGUCAGAGGACUCUUUAUCGGCGAAUUAAGCUACAUUUCACAGCCCAUCGGAUGCGAAGAGCAACUCGAUGGCAGCCCUGAACCCAUGUGGCGUGCCUCCCUCACUACCAUUGAUGAGUGGCGGCGAGAGGUCGUCGAGCUAUACGCGCAACAAACCCCGCGGUGCGAGUACAACUCGUCAUCGGUAUCUCUGACGCUUCGCCCAUCCGCAUCCAAUUCCAAUUCCAACCAGUCAUCAUCAUCGCUAGACGAUGAAGGAUGGAUCAAAGAGGAUUUUACGAGAUGGCAUAAGAUUCUGACCGCACAUGGCUACGAUGAUGUCUCUAGACAUGAGCUGGUUGAGCUCGCGCUGUCACAGCGGGAGUUUCAGGCGCGCAGAUUUACCGACUACAUUUGUCGUGGUUUUGCCGGUACCGCCAGCUUGUUUGUCUCGACAGACUCGGCGUGUGUCGGGAAAGGGCCGAAGGGGAUAGAGAAGGGAGAUGAGAUCUACCUGAUUGAUGGGGUUGGUCAGCCUAUGAUAUUGCGAAAGCAUGGGGACAGUGGAAAGUACAGAGUCAUGGGCCCGGCUUUUGCUUGUCAUCUUCAGAAUAUUCAUACGUUUGAAGAUGGCGAUAAGGGAGUUCUGGAUAGUAAUCGCUGGGGGCCGGUUACACUUGUUUGA